CUUAGGUACUGUUCCACCCUUUUAUCGAGAAAUGUAUGAUAUUUUAUGUCCAAAUCAAGAAAGUUGUGUUGAUCAAGAUAUGUUUAUAAAGCUGCUUGUAAAAUCAAGUCUUCCAAAACAAACAUUAUCACAGAUAUGGGAUCUUGUGGAUACUCGUCAAGGAUAUUUGUCACGUACUGGGUUGUAUAAAGCUCUAGCUCUGGUAGCAUUUGCUCAACAAGGAAAACCUGUUAGUGAAAAACUCAUACAGAAUUUCACUGGUGAAGAAUUACCAAAGCCUUCUCUUGGAGAUUUAACUGAUCUUCGAAUUUUGAGUAUACGUCUGAGGAGGGAGAAAAAUCCUAUGCGCUUAGGAUUAACCUACCAUGAGAUAUGUGCUCUGGACACAGUUUUAAUUUCAUUGGUUCCCGAAAAGAAAGGAUUAUUCCUCAAGCAUGUAGAGUAUGAAGUUACUAGUCAGAGAAAUAAAUCAAUUGUUCAGAGAAGGUAUAAUGAUUUUGUGGCUUUGCAUGAAUUAUUGCUGCAGAAAUUUCCAUACAGGUUAAUUCCACAAUUACCUCCAAAGAAAGUCAUGGGUGCUGAUAACCAAUUUAUAGAAGAAAGAAGAAAAUCACUGAAACGCUUCCUGAAUUUGCUUGCAAGGCAUCCUGUAAUAUCAGAAGAUAAAAUAUUACAUUUUUUUCUUACAUUUUCAGGAACAGAUGUACAACAUAAAAUGAAGGAUCACUUUCGGGGUGUGUUGGAUGAAUUCAACUCAAAUGAACAAGCAAAAGAAGCUGAGGAACUGGUGCCUAUUGAUUCCACUAAUCAACUUUCCAUUGUUCGAGAACAAAUGAAGCAAGUAUUUAGUGGAUUUCUUCAGCUAAAAGAAGUUACUGAAAGAAUGGUAGAGAGGACUAAGCAAGAAUCUUCUGAUAUGUUGCUGUUUGGAAAGGAGUUAUGUUCUUUAGCCAAUAGUGCAAGUACUGAAUCUGAUUGGGGAUCAGGUGGAAACGAAACAUGGGAUCAUUUAAAAAAAGGGAUGAAAAAUUUGCAUCCAAUGUUAUCUACUGUAUCAUCUGCAUAUCUUGAAUUGGCUUCUCAAGAAGAAGAAAAUGUAGUAGAGGAGUUAAAUUUAUUUUUAGAUCUCCUUACAGCUUAUAAGGACUUGUGUGAUCGUUAUGAACAUUUUUAUAACAUGAUAAGACAGAAAAGUUCCGCUAAAAUUACGUCUCGUCGAACAGCCACAAAUGCCAUUGUCAUGGAUGCUGAAAAUCAAGCUGUUCAACAGAAUGAAAAAAGGAAUAAUUUUUUCCUACAUUGCAUUCAUAUGGAAACUCAGCUUGUGCAUACAUAUAUGCAGAUCUUGGUGAAAGUGUUACAAGCUCUUGUAAAUUUACAGACAAAGGAAUUAUCAAAUAUAUCUUCACUGUGGCAACAUAUGCAGCCUUUGGUAGACACACUGAUUCCUGCUGCUGUAUCAACAACUCCAACAUCGACAAUAAGUAGAUAAAACAUUUAAUAUCUGCUUAUAUGUGUCAUAUCUUGUGAAACUUGCAGUAUCCCAACAUUCAUCAAAACAAAAAAACUGAAGAAAAAAUUAUAUUUUUGAAAAUCUUGUUGUAUACAUUUUUAUUUUUAUCAUGCAAAAUAUUUAUUUAAAUCUGUAUAUUCUGAUAUGGGUCUGUUUUCUUCAUAAAGCAAAAAUAUUCUCAAACUUUUGCAACUUGAAGAAGAAUAAAUUGUUUGUUUCUCUUUAAAUGCAUGGUAAUUUUCUUGCCAAUUGAAAGAUGAAUUUUAUCUGCAGUUAAGUACAGUAUACUUACUUCAUACAUUCAAAUAUAUAUAUAUAUAUCAGUUGUUUUUAUAGAUAUAUUCUAAAGAGUGAUUUAAAAUAUGUAUGUAUAAAAUUUUGAUCUUCAUUUGUUAAGAAUACUCAUUUUUUUU